UUAUUUUCAAAAAUCUUUCAACCGUUGAGCUCCCCAAAAUCUUUUCCUUCCCGGCGACCCCGCCGUCCCGACACCCAACGCCGACAGUCAUCUUUUUCUCCCUCCGCAAAUUUCGCCGCGUGCCCGUCAAAAUCUGUCACGCGUGCCCAACUGCUUUCCGCACUUUUCGCCGACCCUCCCUCUCUUUUCUUUUCUUUUUCCCAUUCUCCUUUUCCCCUUUCUCUUUUUCUUCUUUUUCUCUUCUCCUUCUUCCUUCUUCCUCCUUUUCCCUCCUUUCUUUCUGGCGCACGCCCCUGCGCCCGCAUCUCCUGGCGCCGCUCGCCCAGGCCACCUCGCACCCGGCCCCGCGCGCCCGCUGGCCCGCCCGACCCCACAUCGCUCGCCUGGUCGCCCCCUGCUGUACACCACCAGGCCCCUGUGCGCUGUCGUCCCGCACCGCGCGCCGGCCGCUGCACGCCGCCCCUUCCCCGGCGCGCCUCCCCAUGCCGGUCGUCGCCCUUGUGCUCCUCGUUGAUCGAGCCGGCCCCGCCAUGCCCUUCACGCGGAGCUCCGCUCCGGCAUGCCACCGGUCGAGAUUCCCGGCCACCAUUGAAGGCCCGCCGGCCAUCGAGCCCCCGCCGGCUAUAAAAGGGGAAGAGCCCCCGCCGCUCCUCCACACCACCAACGCCGCCCUCCCAGCUUGCUGCCCCCUGCUCCACCACCCCUGCGCGCCGCCACCAGGAACGCCGCUACCGCCUCCCUGUCCACCGCCGGCACCCCCUCUCCCAUCACCAUCCGCCCAAGAUCGCGGAGUACCCGAGGAGGAGCACGAGGAAGAGUUUGACCGUGAGCUCGAGCCCGAGGACUAGCACCGCGAGCAGGAACUCCCGGAAGGUUUUGAGGACGGCAAGUCCAAUCUCGCCCUUUGAUGCAUAUUUAUCCUAAAUUUUCAAACACAACCUA